AUGAGACCCAUUUCCUACGAGUGGUCGUCGCUCCCUGUAGAGCUUCGACUACAGAUCUUCGGGUAUGUGGCCGAAAAGCAGAAGUAUCGUGCUACAGACUUUAAUCGUUAUGCCUGCGUCUCUUCUGAAUGGCAGAAUUACUUCGAAAGGCUCACAUUCCGGCGUCUUCUGAUCGACAACUCCCAGCUGGACCGGUUCUCCAAGAUGACUGAGGGCGACAAGGCCGAAUAA